AUGCCAGGAUCUUUAAAGAUCAGCUUCCGUGUUGCUCAGAGACUGCUGGAGGAACAACAGAAGGUGACGGGCAUGCUAUGGAACGGUCAGAUAAGCACACACCUCAGAGGACAGGAGCUCAGGAGAUCGCUGGAGCUGUACAGAGAGCUAGGAGAAACACUGAAGGCCAGUGGGGACCGAGAAAGGUCUGGUGCUGUGUCUUUACUCGAAAUCGCAGCCCCUCUCUCACUCUCGUUCUCUGCGUCUCUGACAACCCUGAAGUUCAAAAAGCAAGCUGUGAAAGCGGCACAGGGAUAUACUUGGCAGGAUGACACAACUCAGGAGGUAAUCUCAAAAGAGCUCUCACAACUACCCAAGGUUCCUCUUGAAGGAUUUACAAACACCUUUUCUCGUUUCAGUGGCAAUUCCAGAAACAUUCCCGAUGGGGACAGGAAGCUGAAGGCUCAGAAAGAAGAAGUGAGCAGGACACUGCAGAGGUACCUUCAAGGUUUCCUGCCUUCUGAUGUCGGCUCCUUCAAACAGAGUCCUCAAGGGCAACAAGUGCUUUGGAAGCACAAGGGAGAUAGACCCCGUGAUCAUAAGGGAGUAAUCCAGCUCAAAGAGAAGCCUCCUUUACCCUACAUCUCUUUCCUGCAAGGCCAGCCUGAUUUCCAGGCCGCUGUGAAACAACCACCUCCGGCUCAAUCAUACUUCACUGGUUAUGAGCAGGAUCGUACUGGAGUCCCUCUCGCUGAGCUUCAGCAGUAUCAAGCUGGGCCCAUGAGAGCACAAGAUCCUGGUAAAGGUCAAACACAGGGAAAGCUGCGUUACUUUAGCCUUCAGCGCACUCCUGCUACCAAAAUAGAAAAACUGCCAGGAGCUUCCAAGCAACCUCCAAAGCCUCAAAUCGAAAAAUUGUUUUUCAAAUCUUCAGCAAGCAGCCCUGCUUACAAGGAAGCCCUUAGUUCAGUAGAUGAGAAGUUCAUUGAUGGAGUGGUUAACCAGCUCGGACGUCAGAGUGUCAAUGUGGAUACUUUGACACCAAAGGACCUGGACAAGCUCUCCAAAGUCAUCACCCAGGCCCUGCAGGUGGUGGAUAGAGAGAAAGGGGUCAAAGGUAGAGAAGCCAUACAGGAUGAAGUGGAGGCAAAGAGGGAACCCAGUCAAGAGUUACAUCAGAUGGAGAAAGCAGAUGAUAACAGCACACAUAAAGAAGCAGAGGACACUACACUUAAAUCUGAUGAUAAGAACAAAGGUUUUAUCAGCCAGCUGCUUGAGUUCCUGGAUCAUAACUCUGGCCCUGGAUCUGUGCAUCCUCCCCAAGCAGAAGAGCCUUUUCUGAGGUACGUUGACCAGCCAAAUGCUGGAAGCCCAUUGAGAGCUAGUUUGGAGAAUGUCCAGAGCCGGACAACGCAAACAGAACUGGACCUGAUGAGGAAGAAAAUGGAACCUGACACUUUGGAUAUAGAGCCAGCGGAGGAUGUUGAAGUAGAACAGUGGACGCAUGGUUCUCCGGAAGUGAAAGCAGAGGUUCAAUCAGGAGAAGAGACACAAAAAAAUUCCAUGGAAAAAGAGGAAGUGGAAAAGAAGGGUUUGAGAGUGGAAGUGAAUGUUGCAGCAUAUUCAAGUCCACAUGAUGGAGACUUCGGCUACAUUGUUACUGAAGAUUCGCUGUCCACUGAUCAGGGGCUAAACCUUGUGGAGCUCUUAGCUGAGAGAGUCAGCCUUCAUGUUACAGAUUUUCUACAGCUCUCGGUUCUGGGUCCAGCAGUAACCUUUCGAGUGCGGCCCAAUGCUCGAAACAUCAGCACGGCCCAGCUAGCCAGAGUGGCAGGUACACACAAACACACACAUGCACGCACUCACACUCAAACACACAGCACUCGUUCCGCUGCUGCAUUCUACAUUAGUUAUUUUCAAGGAUUAACUUGGCAGGAUGAUGUCACCCAAUCAAUGAUAAAGAAAGAGCUCAGCAAAGUUCCGAAGAUCCCACUGUCUUCUGGGAUAAAGAAUGGCCCAUCCACAGAGUCUCAGAGUGGCCCUGCAAACCAGCUCAAACCCAAAAUGGUGCAGCCCUAUAUGGACUACAUGAUUGUUGAUCCACCUCAGUCAUCUCUCCACAUGCAGAGCCUGGAUCCUUAUAGUUACCAGCGAUAUGGUUACCAAGAUGAAGAGGAGCGUUCUUUGAACCUGGUGGAUGGAGGCAGAUACCCACCGGCCUCCUCUCGCAUUAGGGGAAAUUCACAGCUUCCUCCAUCUCUAGAUAAAGAUGAUCAGCUUCUGCAGGAUCUGAUGACUCUCCUGCUUUCUUCACCUGCACAGCCUACAUCACGCCAUCGUGUGGCAGCACCUCACUCCACCUCAUCUUUUUUCCAGGAUUUGGACUUCCCACUUGACUACAAGGACUAUAACAAGGACUUCUUUUCCCAGGAUGAAAAGAUUAAUAACCAACAGGAGCAAAAGAAAGGUCCUCAGAAGUAUGGAGUGUUUUCUGGGCACAGCGGACCCACUCAGCAGAGCCUGAAUGAGCUGCUCCUGCAACAUGGAUUUGAUUUAAACCAUCUGAACCCUGAGGAGAUGGAGCGUCUGUUCACUGUCCUUCAGCUCCUGCAAAAUGAACCUACAAACAAUCUGAGAAAAUCUGAAACAAAGGAUUCCUCAGUGUCUCCAAAAGUGAUGAAGAUUACGGAGGGGGAGAUGACCCAUGUGGUGGAGAAGGCUUCUGUCCCAGCUAAAAAUUCCUCCUUCAAUUCUCCACUCCACCCCGGGUCCGAAACCUCCCCCCAGGGUUUUCAAGGGGCCUCCCAGGAUAACUCCAUCCCAAUAGGUUCUAGUUCACUAGGACCUUCAUCUCUCAAACAAGAAGAUGGACGACUUGGAAAGGGAGCCUUCAGUGCGAAGCCAGAAAAGAAUGAAACCAAGUUUAAAGAGGAAUUUGGAUACAUUGUCACCAAUCAAAGCCUUCUCACUCUGUCUGAUGGGGUUCAUCUACUGAAGACCCUUGCUGAGAGGAUCCAUCUCACCACUGGCUCUUUCAUCAAUAUCAGUGUGGUUGGUCCAGCUGUCACUUUCCGGGUGCUCCCAAACAGCCAGAAUUUAACAGCAAGUGAGGUGUCAGAACAAGCAGUGGCUCAAAAGAACCUUCUAGAAACAGAGACCGGUCUAAAGGUGCUUCAGGCAGGUGUCGGGGAGAAAAACGAUGGCCAUGCGUUGCCAGUGGCAACACGUGUACGUGACAACACCCAGUGGGUGUUCCUCAUGUUUGUGGGUGUGGCUUGUGUGGGUGGACUCCUGGUGGGGGCACUGACCAUCGCGUGCCUGCGCACCCAUGCCCGCCAGUUGGCCUCAGGGAAACUGGGACUUGGACCUGAGGCAGGAAAUGUGACGCAUUAUGAGUACCAGGAUCUUUGUCGGCAGCACAUGGCUGCUAAGUCCUCUCUUGGAAGGCAGGACUGCGGGGUCGGAGCUGCAGGUGGUGCUGGUCAAGGAGGAGGGGGAGGUGGUGGGGGAGGAACGGAUACGUCACGAGUCAGCAGCGUGUCAUCACAGUUUAGUGAUGCGGCUCAGCCCAGCCCUAGUUCUCACAGCAGCACCCCCUCCUGGUGUGAGGAGCCAGCGCAGUCUAAUAUGGAUAUAUCUACGGGGCACAUGAUACUGGCGUAUAUGGAGGAUCAUCUAAAGAAUAAAGACCGUUUGCUCAAAGAGUGGGAGGCUCUGUGCUCCUACCAGGCAGAACCCAGCACCAUCUCAGCUGCCCAAAGCGAAAGUAAUGUCAAGAAGAAUCGCUGCGCCGAUGCCGUGCCCUAUGAUCAUUCUAGAGUGAAGCUGAAGGCCGAGAUUAACCCUUCCAGGACAGAUUACAUCAAUGCCAGCACCAUUAUCGAGCAUGACCCCCGGAUGCCUGCGUAUAUUGCCACCCAAGGUCCUCUUUCACACACCAUCUCUGAUUUCUGGCAGAUGGUUUGGGAAAGCGGGUGUACAGUCAUAGUGAUGAUGACGGCUCUGGUUGAGGACGGAGAAAAGCAGUGCGAUCGCUAUUGGCCUGAUGAGGGCUCCUCUCUCUACCACAUCUAUGAGGUGAACCUGGUGUCUGAGCAUAUCUGGUGUAAUGACUUUCUGGUGCGGAGUUUCUACCUGAAAAACGUCCAAACCCAGGAAACUCGUACCCUCACUCAGUUCCACUUCCUGAGCUGGCCUGCACAGGGCAUACCCACCUCCACAAGGCCUCUGCUGGACUUCCGCAGGAAAGUCAAUAAGUGCUACCGUGGCCGCUCCUGCCCCAUCAUUGUGCACUGCAGUGAUGGUACAGGCCGGACUGGAACAUACAUCCUGAUCGACAUGGUUCUGAACCGCAUGGCUAAAGGAGUAAAGGAGAUCGAUAUUGCUGCAACCCUAGAACACAUUCGAGACCAGAGGCCAGGAAUGGUGCGCACCAAGGAUCAGUUUGAGUUCGCACUGACCGCUGUGGCAGAAGAGGUUAAUGCUAUUCUGAAAGCUCUACCGCAAUGAAUCGAAUGCCCAUGACCCAACAGGCACACAAACGCAUACAUACACACUCACAAAUUACACGCAUGAGUGCAUACACACUUUCUGUGGCCACUGAGGUUAGUAUUAGGGAUGUGCAUGAGUAAUCAUCUAGUCGAGUAUUCGCUCUACACCUAGCUACUAAAAAUAAUAAUCUAUUAGCAAAUUGGAUUUUCUUUUCGCUCUUACUGUAUCCUUCACUUAAAUCAAGUACAGCUAAAGGGUGUUGGGUUGCACUGUGCUGUAGAGGGGUGAGAGAUUUUAUUGUGCAAUAUUUUAAUCUUUAUGGUUCUUGCUAGUCAUGCUUUCCAUUAGAUAAAGAUCCACUUUUACGGUGCCAAGAGUUGUAAGAAACUAUUCGUGCAGCCUUUUCUUCACAGCAGACUCUGCUAUUAGCAAAUUAAAAUGUCGACUUGAUUUAUGAAUAAUAUUAUGAUAAAAUAGGUAAAUAGCAGAUUUUAAACAUUAAAAUUAGAUUUUAUUUUUAACUCGGUGGGUAAUAGAGCUUUUAUAAUUAUUUGAAAUCUUUUAAGAAAGGCAUAGUUUAAUUUAUUUUGUGAAACCAUUAUAAGCAUCGUGUAGGCUUAUGUCUGCGAAUAAAACUGAAAAAUAUUGUCUUUAUUAAAUGAUUUUUGUUUUCAGUGUUACUGUACUUGACCUCAAAAUUACUCAGUGCCAUCCCUACUCAUUUUUGCUGCUUUCCUGCAACUGAACCCAAAACCCAACUCAAAACCCAACCAGUUUUGCCAAAUAUUACCUUCCCACAGCAUGUAACAUGAAAUCCCCUUAAAUAUAAUGCUCACACACAACAGAUACACUACUUGGACCUGUAUUUAAGCUCUUCUUGGGUCUGAUUUCUUCCUCGCCUUCACUCUUGGUAACAAAGAUGUAAUUAUCUAAAGGGAAAUGCGUUUCUCAUUAUUUCUCCCUCUGUUUCAACGCGGUGAUGACUUAGUCCUGUUACGUACAUUUCAUCAAGUGUAACGUGAGUUUGCUUCACAAUCCACUCGUUUACUUGGGAGGGAGAACAGAAAGUGUCACGAGCAAAAAGUGUUGCUGUCGUCGGGUUUCACGUUCGACGAGCCUCGGUCAAGUGCAGGCUUGCAUGGAAUGCGUGCCCUCAGAAUUCGAAUCAUCCCUCUGCCCCUUGAAUGUCUUUUUGUUUCCAUUUUACGGUUUUAAUCUGUUGCACAGAAUUAUGACAACUGCCUGCACAUGUAGAACAUAAUGUGGGGGGAAAAACGCAUCGCAUUGAGCCUAUACAUGUCUCCACUGUUAAGCCCAAUGACUCCACAUUUCUUAAUUUCAGUGACAAAUCCAUCACACUUCGUUUUAGGAGAACUCCAAGUCAAAUGCUGACGUGACAGCAAGAAUUUAAAGUGGCGGAUGUGUUCAAUUUCAGAUCAGACUCUGGAGAACGCGCCGCUGUGGCAAUUAUUGUGAAGCCAGACAAAGAGAUUCCUUUCCUUCCUCGUUGGUUGAAAUAUCUUUCUCUACUUCUCUCUCUUUCUGGUUAUUAUGGUCAGCUUCAAUGUUCUAUUCCUCUUGCAAGUCGGUAAAAAAUAUAUAUAUAUCUAUUAUAUAUAAAAAAAAAAGAUUUUGUAUCUUG